CCCUGCAUGGGUCUUUUCUGUGCUAUCUUUUCUCUCGGCUCCCGUUUUGUGUGUUGGGGGGAUGGGGCCGUGCCGAGGAUGAGAGACUCCAAAUAUUUACCACUUGGCUAACUAAAUAUCUUUAUUUCCAAACUGAGCUUCCUCUCUCGGUCUUGUAUAUACAACUUUUCGACCACGCAUGAGUUUAAGUGGAAUUUGUCCAAAAUAAAGUGGAGUAUCUGUACGUCCACGACACACGCUUAAAAACUCGACAAAAUGUAUUCCUCUGCUGGAGUCACCGAGAUGCAAGAGGGACCCCGUUCCUCUGGAUCAACAGGCUCUGACCCCCCUGUUGUAGACCCGCCAUCCUCCCCAGUGCCAGAAUAUGUGUUUAAGCCACCAUCACGGCCAGACUUUGGCACCAUGGGCAGGACAAUCAAGCUCCAGGCCAACUUCUUUGAGAUGGAAAUCCCCAAACUGGAGGUCUACCAUUAUGACAUCGACAUCAAGCCUGAGAAAUGCCCCAGGAGGGUCAACCGUGAAAUUGUGGAGCACAUGGUCCAGCACUUUAAAACACAAAUCUUUGGUGACCGAAAGCCAGUAUAUGACGGGAGGAAGAAUCUCUACACUGCCAUGCCCUUGCCCAUAGGCAGAGACAAAGUGGAGCUUGAGGUAACCAUUCCUGGUGAAGGCAAGGACCGCAGCUUCAAAGUUUCCAUCAAGUGGAUGUCCUGCGUUAGCUUGCAAGCGUUACAUGAGGCACUAUCAGGGCGGCUACCCAGCGUCCCCUUUGAGACUGUCCAAGCCUUGGAUGUGGUCAUGAGACAUUUGCCCUCUAUGAGGUAUACCCCGGUGGGCCGCUCUUUCUUCACUCCCUCAGAGGGAUGUUCGAACCCCCUCGGUGGUGGCAGAGAGGUGUGGUUUGGCUUUCACCAGUCUGUCAGGCCUUCCCUUUGGAAAAUGAUGCUCAACAUUGACGUUUCCGCCACUGCAUUCUACAAAGCCCAGCCUGUAAUUGAGUUCAUGUGUGAGGUCUUAGACUUCAAAAGCAUUGAAGAACAACAGAAGCCCUUAACAGACUCUCAACGAGUGAAAUUUACAAAGGAAAUCAAAGGCCUGAAGGUGGAGAUCACUCACUGUGGGCAGAUGAAGAGGAAGUACAGAGUGUGCAACGUGACCAGAAGACCAGCCAGCCACCAAACGUUCCCCUUGCAGCAGGAGAAUGGCCAAACUAUUGAAUGCACAGUAGCACAGUACUUCAAAGACAAGUACAAGCUCAUUCUGAGAUACCCUCACCUCCCGUGUCUACAGGUGGGACAGGAGCAGAAGCACACCUACCUACCUCUAGAGGUGUGUAACAUAGUGGCAGGACAGCGCUGCAUCAAAAAGCUGACAGACAAUCAGACCUCCACUAUGAUUCGUGCCACAGCACGAUCAGCUCCAGACCGCCAGGACGAGAUUAGUAAAUUGAUGAGAAGUGCCAAUUUCAACACUGACCCUUAUGUUCGUGAAUUUGGAGUGAUGGUGAGGGAUGAGAUGACAGAAGUGAAUGGCCGCGUCCUUCAAGCACCUUCCAUUCUGUAUGGAGGCAGGAACAAAGCAAUAGCCACACCAAUCCAGGGAGUAUGGGACAUGAGGAACAAACAGUUCCACACUGGCAUUGAGAUCAAAGUGUGGGCCAUCGCCUGCUUUGCACCACAGAGGCAGUGCACUGAACUCCUGCUUAAAGCAUUCACAGAUCAGCUGAGGAAGAUCUCUAGGGAUGCAGGCAUGCCCAUCCAGGGUCAGCCUUGCUUCUGUAAGUACGCCCAGGGAGCGGACAGCGUGGAGCCCAUGUUCAGGCACCUCAAGUACACCUACCAGGGCCUCCAGUUGGUGGUUGUCAUCCUACCGGGGAAGACGCCCGUCUACGCUGAGGUAAAACGUGUUGGGGACACGGUACUUGGCAUGGCCACACAGUGUGUGCAGGUGAAGAAUGUUCAAAAGACAACACCUCAGACCCUCUCUAACCUCUGUCUGAAGAUCAACGUCAAGCUGGGCGGUGUCAAUAACAUCCUCCUCCCACAGGGCAGGCCAUUAGUUUUCCAGCAGCCAGUGAUCUUCCUUGGUGCAGAUGUGACUCAUCCGCCUGCAGGAGAUGGAAAAAAGCCUUCCAUUGCUGCUGUCGUUGGUAGUAUGGAUGCUCAUCCCAGCAGAUACUGUGCCACAGUGCGGGUGCAGCAGCACCGUCAGGACAUCAUCCAGGACUUGGCCACCAUGGUGAGGGAGCUGCUUAUCCAAUUCUACAAGUCCACCCGCUUCAAGCCCACCAGAAUCAUCUACUACCGCGAUGGCAUCUCUGAGGGCCAAUUCAACCAGAUGCAGGUCCUUCAGCAUGAACUGCUGGCGAUCCGCGAGGCCUGCAUAAAACUAGAGAAGGACUACCAGCCUGGUAUCACUUUUGUGGUCGUGCAGAAGAGACACCACACAAGACUGUUCUGUAUGGACAGAAACGAGAGGGUUGGGAAGAGUGGCAACAUUCCGGCAGGCACCACAGUGGACACCAAAAUCACUCACCCAUCAGAAUUUGACUUCUACCUUUGCAGUCACGCUGGCAUUCAGGGUACCAGCAGGCCGUCUCAUUACCACGUGCUCUGGGACGACAACCACUUCUCUUCAGAUGAACUGCAAGUCCUAACGUACCAGCUAUGCCACACCUAUGUACGCUGCACCCGAUCAGUUUCCAUCCCAGCACCAGCUUACUAUGCCCAUUUGGUGGCAUUCCGAGCUCGCUAUCAUUUGGUGGACAAAGAGCACGACAGUGCCGAGGGCAGUCAUACAUCAGGCCAGAGUAAUGGGCGUGACCAACAGGCCUUGGCCAAAGCUGUUCAGAUCCACCAGGACACCCUGCGCACCAUGUACUUUGCCUGAGAGCACACAACCCCAGGUUGCCACGGGUGAGGGACCCCUCUGACGGAACACACUACCCCUCGCUGUCUUACUGUCAGCUGUGGAUAGCAUCACAGUGGUUUUACAUAGUGAUCUCCUUACCUAACAUACCUGUCCAGUUACCCAUAUGUCUACAAUUGUACUUCAGCCCCUGACCCACCCAAAUCAAGCCAGCUAUUAGACUGUAAGCAGAAAAGGCAUCCCUCUUUCUUGGGGUUUGAGCUGGAAGAGGUUUUAUUUACAUCUCGUGCAUUAGUGUGUGUUUGUAUUUGUUGUAGGGAAAUAUGUUUCAAAGUAUGAAAGGAAAAGGAAAGGUUUGUACAAUGAUAGAAGAAAUCUAAAAUUUCUAAACUAGUGGGCAGUAUCAUACAUUGGGGUGAUUUAUAAUUUAGAAGAAGCCGUUUACCCUCCUGUUUUUUAUUGUAUGUUAGGGUCUUGGUGCUUGAAGGGAGAAGGAUCAAAUUAAUCAAAAUGUAAGGGGGCCUGUUCACUGUUUAUAUGCCUAAAGAUUUGCUCUUCUGACAAACAUUAUUUAUCAGCCAAUCAAAGCAAAGUGCACUGACCAAACUGGGUACUUCAAUCAGGACAAAAGUACCUAAUAUUUUGAGGGUAGUGUGAUUCGCAUAGGGCACUAUGGGAUGAAAAGUGCCAUUUGAGACCACCUUUCUGUUGUCAUUUCUGUGUAAAACUAUGAAUUAUUA